UUUUAAUCGCAAUUCCAAUCGCAUAAUUCUAGUCAGACUCGCAACGUGCCUCGAUAGGUGACAUGUUGUUACACAUGUAUAAGAAAACGCAGCAGAAUGGAAAUUCCAGUGAUAAGGAAUUGAUAGACAUCAGUAGCGACGACGACGUAUCUAAAGCCGAUUCCAAGCUUGAGAAGGAUGCAAAGACGCCCGAGCCUGGGCCCAAGGUGGCCCAAGACUCUUCGCAUGCGUCUCCGAUUACGACGGUUGCCCCAUCGAAAUCAGAAACGGCAAUUGCCAAGCCAGAAACGCCUGUCACGAAGCACGAGCCACCCGUGACGUCGGUCAAGCCAGAAACGUCUGCUGCGAAACCGGAAACAUCUGCGAAAUCAAAACUGCCUGCGAACGAAGCCGUGUCGAAACAGCUGCUAGUAGAAUCUGUGAGGAAACGACAAAGGGACAAGGAAAGUGGCAAUGGGCAGUUUUCCGUCACAAAGAAAGCGAGAACCAUACCUACCACGGAAUCGAAUAUUACAUUCUCUGGCAUAGGAGGUAGCGACAAAGUUUUGAAAACUGUCUGCAAAUUACUAGCCCAUAUGAAACACCCUGAAAUCUUCAAACGGCUCGGUAUAUCUCCACCGAGGGGAUUUUUACUUCAUGGACCGCCCGGCUGUGGAAAAACCUUACUGGCGCAUGCAGUUGCGGGAGAGUUGAAUAUGCCUCUACUGAAGGUGGCGGGACCCGAACUUGUGACUGGAGUAUCUGGUGAAAGCGAGGCUCGUAUCAGGGAGUUAUUUGAGCAAGCUUUAGCUCUUUCACCGUGCGUUGUUUUCUUGGAUGAGAUCGAUGCCAUUACACCGAAUCGAGCUACAGCUCAGAGAGAAAUGGAAAGAAGAAUCGUCGCACAACUGUUAUCAAGUUUAGAUGAUUUGAAUCUCAAUAAAAAUGGAGACAGAGUACUAGUGAUUGGUGCGACAAACCGACCCGAUUCAUUAGAUCCUGCUUUGAGAAGAGCGGGACGUUUCGAUCGUGAAGUGUGCCUUGGAAUACCAGAUAGAGAAGCAAGAGCCAGGAUCUUGGCGGUGCAUACUGAAAAAGUUGUAUUGGCUCCUAAUGUUAGUUUGUCGACAAUAGCUUCCCUCACUCCAGGCUUUGUCGGUGCCGAUUUAGUUGCCUUAAUCAGGGAAGCUGCUAUGGUUGCCGUAGAUAGAAUAUUUGAGGAUCUAAAUAGAGGAUCAAAACAGGAUGUCAAGUCACCGGAAGUGACGCAACAAGUGGAGAAGCAAGCGGACAAACAAGUUGAGAAUGCCGAAAAUUCGGAAAAUUCAAUCGAUACUAAUGUUGCGGCAGAAGCUUCCGAUACGACUGGCAGCAAUCUCACGUUUCCAACAGAAUUACCCAAAGAUCCAGCCCCGGGGGUUGCCGAAAUGGACGUGACACAGGAACAUUCGGCAGACCUGUCGACCUUAGUGACUUGGUUGCGUACCGAACCUCCACUCUCCCCGGAACGCCUGUCGACCUUGUGCAUCGAGCACAGUGAUUUCGAGGCUGCCCUCCGCAUCGUACAACCUUCGGCGAAGCGAGAAGGAUUCGCGACAGUUCCCGGUGUAACAUGGGACGAUGUCGGUUCACUGCGAAAUAUACGGCAAGAAUUACAAAUGGCAAUUCUCGCUCCUGUCAAACACUCUGAGCACUUUAAUGCGUUAGGUUUAACAGCUGCCAGCGGGGUAUUGUUGUGCGGUCCACCUGGUUGCGGAAAAACAUUACUGGCUAAAGCCGUCGCCAACGAAGCUGGAAUUAAUUUCAUUUCCGUUAAAGGACCAGAGCUUUUAAAUAUGUAUGUUGGCGAAAGCGAGAAGGCAGUCCGUCAAUGUUUCUUACGGGCAAGGAAUUCAAUGCCGUGCGUCAUAUUUUUCGACGAGAUAGACGCGUUGUGCCCCAAGAGAACGGAAGGCGAUAAUUCCGCGACGGCGCGCGUCGUUAAUCAAAUGCUCACGGAAAUGGACGGUGUGGAGAGCCGGCAAGGGGUAUUCCUUAUGGCGGCCAGUAAUCGACCCGAUAUAAUAGAUCCAGCUGUUUUGAGGCCAGGUAGAUUGGAUAAAAUUUUAUACGUUGGUCUCCCGGACGCUUCGGAUAAAGUGGACAUUUUGCGUGCGGUGACGAAGAAUGCAACGAGACCGAAACUUGCUUCAGACGUCGAUUUGAAUCAAGUGGCAUACGACAGUAGAUGCGAGGGUUACACCGGUGCCGAUUUAGCAGCAUUGAUAAGAGAGGCCGGUAUGGAGGCUCUGAAGGAAAUAAUAGCCGGUUAUGGACAACCGGAAAUUUCGAUGAGACACAUUUUCCAGGCGUUUGACAAGGUGCAACCGUCCGUUCGCGAGGAGGAUGUUAAACACUAUGAAAAGUUUAGCAAGUUGUAUUCGGCCAGGAAGAAUUCUCAAGUUACGCCAAUGGAUACGCCACUAGACGCACCAAUUGUCGACGUAGUCAUGGCGUCGAUGGAAACUUAAAGUACAACACAUAAAAGCCUAUAAAAAUCAUGAAAGAACUCUUUCGCAGCCAAGAUACAUGCAACUUUUACAUGGAAAGACUAAGAGGCUCUUCGAUAACGGUGCAGUUCAGUUUCAAUUUCAUACAACAAUUAUGUUAGAUCUAUUGUUUACUGUUUCAAAAUAAUUAGCAGGUUAUAGUUGAGAUAUCUCGUUAUCUUUUCCUAUAUAAAUGACAAGUACGGACGACAUACAUAAUUUUACAACGUUUAACGGUAUUCAGCAAUUAAAUAAUUGACUUUUUUUUUAUGUGUAACUGUAGCUUUAAUUAUGUGUACAAAUAAAUGUCUUUUAAAAUACAA